AAUCGGGGGAGAGGGGCGGAGCCAAAAUCAUGUGAUCCGAGGCCUUUUUAAAGAAAAACCUCGGGCCCCCUUCCCUCCCUCCCUCCCUCCUCGGAGCCGCCAUUUUGUUCUUGCCGCGUGUGUUUCCUGCGGAGGGUUCGACGGACUGAGAUAAAACAAGAUGAAUCAAGAAAAAUUGGCGAAACUUCAGGCUCAGGUCCGAAUAGGUGGAAAGGGUACAGCUCGUAGAAAGAAGAAGGUAGUACACAGAACAGCCACAGCUGAUGAUAAAAAACUUCAGAGUUCACUGAAAAAAUUGGCAGUAAAUAAUAUUGCUGGUAUUGAAGAGGUGAAUAUGAUAAAAGAUGAUGGAACAGUUAUCCAUUUCAACAAUCCCAAGGUCCAGGCUUCUCUGUCUGCAAACACUUUUGCAAUUACUGGUCAUGCUGAAGCUAAACCUAUCACAGAAAUGCUCCCUGGCAUCUUAAGCCAGCUGGGUGCUGACAGCUUAACUAGUCUCAGGAAGUUAGCUGAACAGUUCCCAAGGCAAGUGUUGGAUAGCAAAGUACCAAAAUCAGAAGAUAUUGAUGAAGAAGAUGAUGAUGUUCCCGAUCUUGUAGAAAACUUCGAUGAAGCAUCAAAAAAUGAAGCUAAUUAAUUCAUUAAUAGUUCUGGAAGUUGACAUGGACUAGAUUUAAGAAAUCAGCUGUGUGGUUCCAAAGUUUUACAGAAACAAUGAACAUUACCCGUUUACUAGUUCAGUAAUAUAAAAUAUUUUGUAUUUUAAUUAUGCUGCUUGUUCAGCAUUUCCUUUCAGUCGAUUUUUGCAUUUUGCACUUCCUCCCAGGAUCUACCUUUUCAGUUAAAAAGAAGAAAUAAGACAUUUUCAGUGCAGAUUAAGGAGUGUGUGCCUGUGUGUGGAUGUGUGGAUGUCGUUUUAUGUAACAGUUGAGAGGGAAAUGGAGAACAGAUAUGUUUGACUCCCUUCUCCUUAUAAAGUAGAAAUAAAACAAGUCUUUAAUUUGGUUACAGUAACUUUUCUUAUUGCAACCAAGCAGUCUCAUUAAACAGUGAAAAGUGAGUCUUACCUGUCCACAUUUCAUGUAUUCCCAGUGCAGCUCAUUAAGUAGCAUUUGGGUUUAAAAUAGUAAAAAGUCUUUAUUGUCCAUUUUUCAUGAAGUCCAGAUACUACUCACUAAUUAGCAUUUUGUUUUAAUUUUCUGUGUUAACUAUUGUGUUUGCAAAUGUAUUUCUCUUCCAUAUUGAUGGUGUAUCUGUGUAGUUUCCCAUCAGCUAACUUUUGAUUUUGAAGUGUACCAAAGACAGGAUAUUAACAUGCAUGUUUGUUUCAACAUCUCUCUUAAAAAAAACCCACCACUUCAGAGCUUUUCCCCCUCUAUAAAGCUCUUCUUCCUUCAGUUUAAUACUUAACUUUCAUUCACAUGUUAUGGGAUAAUCUACUUGCCUUGGAUAAAAGCAUUAUUCUUUAAAGUGCUACCUGUCUCAUACGAGGAGGUGCCAACCCUGCAUCUGUGGCCUGCACUCUGUAAAGAGGCCAAAUUAUAUGCUUGUUCAGGGUAGCUGGGAGAAGCCCACAGUAUCUGUGAUUGUGAUAAAGGUUAGAGGUUAUAUUCUGCUCAGUGAUGAAUCCAAUGCUUUGUGGUUUCUCCUUGGUACAAUUAUCUGUCUUUCAGUUAGAUCCCUCUUUCAAAGUGCUGAGUGCUGUUCAACCCUUUUCAUCUUGGCUAAGCAGUGCUCAUCUUGACUUGUGGGUAUAUUUUUCAGUGGUAUUACUCAACUUUUGAUAGGAGGCUAUCUUCUUUCCUCAGAUUUUCAGUAGGAAAUGGUGCAUUGUUGUGCACAGCUAGAUCAUUUGUUAUAAGAUGUAAAACAGUUCUAGUGUUAUAAUUUAGCUCCUAAGAGUAUGUGAGCCACUGUCUUAUUUCCAGUCUGUAAUCUGGAAGUAUAGUUUUGAUGAUACAGAAUGAACAAGUAAAGGGCCAUUGGUUAUGUAGCAUUUGUACAGACUUUCCAACAAAAGGUUUAAUCCAUUGACUUUGAAGGUAACAUUUCCUAAAUCUUUGAUCUGCAUCCUACACUAGGUGGGUAUAAUUCUUACUGUCACAUUUAAAAACAAAAAAACCUCUUCUGGUACGGAGAGGCUAGUGGCAGUAUCACAGGUACAGUGCAUUAUUUUAUAAACCCUUCCUCCAAACUGCUGAAUGUGAAGCUCUUCCUUGCAGUUCUUCAAAGGUGCUUGAUGUAAUCUUUGCAGCUGAUCAUCACUGUACCCUUUGUCAAGGGCAACUGGCUUGGGAAAGCCAUCUUUCUUAUCAGCUUACUUUGGUGUACUUUUGAAACAUAUCCGCUUUCUGUGUAGAUAUAUACAUCCAGCAACUAUACAGUUUGAGGCUCUCAGCAUUCUAGUGACAUCAAGCUGAACCACGAAAGCAGAGCUUGUAGUGGUUUGUCAUCUGAACCGCUCACUUGAUUUUAUAGACUUGUUCAGUUUUCUUGUUCUAUUUUAUAUAAUACAUGGAUCUUAAUAAAAUAAUUCAAAGGAGGCAGUGUUCCCUCUGGUGUGUCAUCUCCUUCUCUCAUCAUUACUAAUAGAAAAACAUAAUAUGGAUGUAGUUUUAUCAGCAUUGCACUUGUUACACCACAGUGUUUUAAAAUUACAAGUUAAGGAUCCCUUAUCAAAAAUACAAAGUGCUCCAAAAUCCAAAACCUUUUUAAUGGGUGGCUGAGAUAGUAACACCUGAGGGUUCAGUGUUCUUUCAUGCAUAAAAUUAUUAAAAAUAUGUAUAAAGUUACCUUCAGGCUAUGUGUGUAUAAAACAUAAAUGAAUUUCAUGUUUAGACUUGGGCCCCAUUUCCAAGAUAUCUCAUCAUGUAUAUGCAAAUAUUCCAAAACACUCAGCUGUAUUUACUUUUUCCGGCACACAAGCAAAUGACAAACCUUCAUCCUUGCCAUGUCUUUGCUUCCUUUGAGACAGCAAAUGAAUAGAACAUUUAAUGGAGAAUAUGUACAGAUUAAUAUGAAUGACAUUCACUUAAAAUUUCACUGCUGUGCUUCUCUAAUACUUUUUAAAAAAUUUCACCCAUUAAUAAUUAUCAGUCUACAACACAUAAACUUAAUUUCUUGUGUAAUAAGUAUAAAAUCAGUAACGUCUUCAGCAGAGUAAAAAGUUAACACUUGGGGAAAGGUUAGAUUGCUUGCUUAAAAAAACAACAAAUUUCCAGCUGUAUACUUUUUAGUUGCCAAUUUAUUUGUAAUCUUUAUUGUUACUUUUGUUUGGAAAGGAGCAACCUACCUUACAUAGUAGUUAUUACUUUUACUGUAUACAAAGAACUGUUCAUUUUUAUUUUUAUUUUUGCUGACGUACUAAAGCUUAUAGAAAACUAUUAAACUGAUAAUUGAAGGUGUGAA